UAGGACAAAGCUAUGAUUCUAGAGUCACAUAGAUUUGUAAUGAUAGUUUAAGUUGUCAUUUAUCGUCUUUGAGUCUCAGUGCCCUUAUCUGUAAAAUAAAGAUGUUGAUAACUGCCUAGAGUUUUGGAGAGAAUUAAAUGAGAUAACAUUUUUUUCUGUACUUACUGAUGUGUAGUGUGUUUGUAUUCAGGUGGCAGUUUAUAUAAAGGAAGCACUGAGACUUGAGGCCACACCUUUCAAGAAUAAAAAAAAAAAUUGGAAAAUGGAACCAUGUAAGGAACAACAAGAGCCAGAACCACAGAAGAGCAUAAAAGAAACCAAACAAGUAGAUGAAGAAGAUGCUGAGCUGAUCUUUGUUGGGGUGGAACAUGUAAAUGUAGAUGCUGACCUGAUCUUUGUUGGGGUGACUUCAGAACCUAAACCAGUUGUUUCAAACAUUUUGAACAGAGUUACCCCGGGUUCACGUUUAAGGAGAAUAAAGUAUGAUCACCUCAGAAAAGCUACUGCUCACAAAUUGCAGCCCAUCAGCCAUGUGACACCUACAUCAGAAGCAGUGACUGUCUUGCCAGUUUCUGAACCUGAAUCACGAUCUACAGAAAGUCCUAUUAUUACUGAGCCUUUGUCUAAACCUGAUUAUAAAAGUAGUUCACCACAAGUUGUGCCUAAUAGUUCUUCUGAGUUAUAUUCUCCUUUGACUACAUUCACAAGUUCAUUGCAGCAUUCAAUAGGAGCAGCACUUUCCCUAGGAAGUGUGAAUAAAAGUCCUUGCACUUCAAAGCGACUUUCUAUUUCAGAAGUAAACAACGUAAAUACCAAAAGGCCUAAACUCAGUGAUGGAAUCCCAGGAGGACAUUCUCCACCUUCUUCUCCUUCAGGUAUUUUUCAUACAGUAACUACUCAGCAAAGCACACCCUCAGAUAGUGUUCAUACCUCAUUAAGCCUUGUUCAGAAUGGAGCACCUUUUCCAACAGCUUUUCCAAAGGACAGUGUCCAUUUCAAGCCUAUAAAUCUUGUUAGGGAAAAUAGAUUGAGAGAAAUAGACUUUUUGAGUCUAGCAAGUCAAAACAAGAUUGUUGAUCCCAAAAAAGGAAAUCUGGUUGUGUUACUUCAUGACUUUUACUACGGACAGUAUAAAGGAGAUGGGCAGCCAGAACAGAAGACUCACACAGUCUUUAAAUGCCUCAACUGCUUCAAAGUUCUAAAAAAUAUCAAGUUUAUGAACCACAUGAAGCACCAUUUGGAACUUGAGAAACAGGGGUGUGAAAGCCGGGAAAUGCACACCAUCUGCCAGCACUGCCACCGGCAUUUUCCCACUCCAUUUCUGCUGCAAUGUCACAUUGAAAGUGUACAUACUUCCCAGGAGUCCUCUGCAGUCUGUAAAAUUUGUGAAUUGUCAUUUGAAACAGAGCAGGUUCUCUUACAGCACAUGAAGGACAAUCAUAAGCCUGGGGAAAUGCCCUAUGUGUGCCAGGUUUGCAAUUACAGAUCGUCUGCCUUUGCUGAUGUGGAAAUACAUUUCAGAACAUGCCAUGGAAACACAAAGAAUUUGCUUUGUCCAUUUUGUCUCAAAAUUUUCAAAACUGCAAAAUCCUAUAUGAAUCAUUGCUGGAGCCAUUGGAACAAAAGUGUCUUCCAGUGUUCCAAGUGCCGGCUGCAGUUUUUAACUUUCAAGGAGAAAAUGGAGCACAAGACCCAGUGUCAUCAAAUGUUUAAGAAGCCUAAGCAACUGGAAGGAUUGCCUCCUGAAACAAAAGUUGUUAUUCAGGUGUCACUGGGACCACCUCAACCAGGGUCAGUGGAAGUAGCAUCCAUUGCUGUGAGCACAUCUGAUUCUGAGCCACCACCAGCCCCCAAGCCUAAAAGUAGAGUUUCAAAAAAACCCCGUUAAUUCUAGUUUUAGUAAAUCUAAAAUAUUUCAAUCAAAGUAAAACACCCCAUAGAAAGAAAACAUACAAACCACACA